AUGCUUCAUAGACAUAAUCAGGUCAAUCAACAUGUACAAGCGUCUAUAAUGUUCUUAUCAAUAAUGGAUGGUGCAGAACUUGAUUUUAAUAAUACUCGUCUUUCUUCAUCUUCAAUUACAGCAACAACAUCAAAUCCAGAUGAUUAUGAAAAAGAUCUUCGAUUAGCUGCUGAACUUGGUCGAUAUUUACUUGAACGUAAUCAUGAAUUACAAAAUUAUAUUCAUAUUUUAGAAAAAGAUAUUGAUGAUAAACAAUGUGAAAUAAAAUUAUUACAUGCAAAAUUUCUUUCAACUCGAGAACAACUUGAUGCUAAAUGUAAACAAACAGAAUUAUUCGAUGCAGCUAAUUUUGAUCUUGAAAAAGAACUUUCAUUACAACGUCGAGAAAAUGAAAAAAAUCGACAACAUAUCAAAGAAUUAUUUGAUCUAUAUGAAAAAACACGUAAACAAUAUCAUGAUAUUGAACAUGAAUAUAGUACAUUUCGAGUAAAACAAUUUUCAUCAUAUUUUAUUUCAAAACAAACAAAUAUUCCAUGUCAAACAUCGAUUCUUUCAAUACCAAUAUCAACUAAACGACAACGUUCAAAUUCAUUUAGUUUAUUGUCAACGUCAAAUUCAUCUCCAUUGUUAAAUUCAUCCACAUCAUCCAAUCUAUUCGAUAACUCAUCCGUAUCCAUAUUUAAAUCACAUCUUCGUGAACUUAAAUCACGUAUUAAAUCAUUGACAAUUGAAUGUGCUAAAAUAAAUGAUCAACUUCAUCAAUCUGAACAAGAUAAACGUUAUUUAUUAGACCGUAUAAUACAACUUGAACGACAACGUCGUGAUGAUAAUGAUUCUUUACAGAAUGAAUUAAAUUAUUAUCGAAAAUUAUUAGAAAAAUAUUCUAAUGAAAAUAAUAAAUCAGUAUUAUUAAAUAUUUAUUCACCACCAGAAUAUGAUGUAUCAUUAUAUGAUGAAGUUUUUUCAGAAAAUAAUCAAUCAAAAUCUUCUUAUGAACCAACAAAUUAUAAAGAAUUAUUUUCACCUAUCUAUGAAACAUUAAAAAAGAAUAUUAAUCCUAACCUUAUUAUAUUUAAAAAAACUGAUUAUGAACAUUAUGCAUUAAUUUAUAGUUGUGUAUCAGAAAAUUAUAUACAUACGAAUCCAUGUAAAAAUUUUACUUUAUGGUUAUUUAGUCGAACAAUAUCAUUAUCAAAUGAUUAUUUAAUUGAACUUGAUGAAUAUAUAAUAAAUAAUUUAUGUAUUAAUUUAACUGAACUUGAAUUAACACCACAAGAUGGAGAAUCAUGUUAUUCAUCAUCAUCAUCAUCAUCAAAUAUUUGUACUUAA